CUUGUAAUUGAAACGAAAACGAUAUUCCCAUCCCCUCUGAUUUCUCUGAUAUACGUAUCAACGCCAAAUUAACUACGACAACGACCUUCGUAAACUCCGUCACUUGAUCCCCAUAUAUAUAUAUAUAUAUACACACAUUCACUAGAUCCACAAUCACAAUGUUUUUCUCCGUCUCAAUUUCCGGCAACGAUGAACGGAGACACAUUUCAUAAUCGGAACAGUUCUUCCUCCACUCUCAGCAAAAGGAACAGCACUGAAAGGAAAGGUGACGUUACAGAAAUGAAGAAGAAAUCGGCAUCGGCAACGGCAACGGCAACGGCAACGGAGGUUGGUGGUUAUGGGUGGUGGUUAGGUAAUGCGUAUUUCAUGAAGUGGAGGAUGGAGGAUGUAUUCGGUGUAGUGAAGUACCAUCCGAUACCGUGUAUCUUCGCUGCUUCACUGUUGUUUUUCAUGGGAGUGGAAUAUACUCUUCGUAUGAUUCCAGCUUCUGCUCCGCCUUUCGAUCUGGGAUUUAUUGUUACAGUUCCUCUUAAUCGACUGCUUGCUGCUAAACCCGCUCUCAACACUCUUUUUGCUGGACUAAACACGGUGUUUGUGGCGAUGCAAACGGCGUACAUUUUGGGGACUUUUCUAAUUGAAGGACGGCCUCGAGCGACAAUAUCGGCGCUGUUUAUGUUCACAUUCAGAGGGAUUCUCGGGUAUGCUACACAAUUGCCGUUGCCGGAGGAUUUCUUGGGGUCAGGGGUCGAUUUCCCAGUAGGGAAUGUGUCGUUUUUCUUGUUUUAUUCAGGGCAUGUUGCGGCCUCCGUUAUUGCUUCGCUGGAUAUGAAACGUAUGCAGAGAUGGGAAAUGGCUAGAGUAUUUGACGCAUUGAAUGUAUUGCAAGUUGUGAGGUUGUUAAGCACUAGGGGCCAUUACACUAUUGAUUUGGCUGUUGGCAUUGGCGCUGGCAUUUUGUUUGAUUCUAUGGCCGGAAACUAUGUGGAGACUAGGACAAAACUAUCUGCUGCUAAUGGUAGUGGGGUGGAUUACUCUCUUAAGCAUGAAAAUGGAGUGAAAUACCAAAGUGUUUCUUCAAAUUAAAAUAAAAUGUAUCCACUCAAAUGUGUGGUGGUGGAUUUUAGGUUGAAUUGUAAAGAUAAGUUUGGCUUGGUCCAAUUGUAGGGUCUUAGUGCACCUCUGUUCCAGUUAGGUACUUGGCAAACUGCAACUGCAGCUUCCCACUCACCCACCAAACUCUCCAUGCUUUUCUUAAUUUUAAUGUUAGCAGCUUUCUGUAGAUCCCUUUUAUAUUCUCCUAAUGUAUGGUAGAUUUUAGUAUUCUUGACAUGUAACUAAAGACGACUCUGGCUUGGUGAAAUCGUAGGCUAUUAGAGCACCUAUAUUUAAAUUAUGGGUUCUUUGCGAUU